UUUAAGAUAAUUAUAAUUUAAAAAUAAUGAGCUUAAAUUAUCUAAAGUACUUACUACCACUAAUAUCAGUAGAAGUACGGUGUAUAGUUCGACUAAGGGCAUGACCACUCCACUGACCCUCAAUUGAGUAAGAAAACAAUUUAUGGAAUUAACACCCCGAUUGUCUUCAUUGACUCGAUCCCUUAACAAAACGAUGAGUAAACCGUAACACUUCCUUUUGGUCAGUUGUGUAAAAACUGGUUCACCGUGCAAACAGUAAUCUGCAAUCGGAGGAAAUAAACGUUGCAUAUUGUGUGCAACACUGCAUUUUUGUUCCGUUGUAAACGCGCAACGCACGAGUGGAUACAUGCGUUUUCGGCGGAAAUUUUGUUAUCAAUGAGCCAAUAAUUCCUAGGUGUUAAAGUGCAAAAUUUAUUAAACUAUUUGGAUUGAAGUGUGAGUGUAAUGUGUGGAUGUUAAAAUGACAAAUGCAGUGUGGGAUUUGAUGCCGGUGCGGUGUCGUUGGAUAGAGACACUGCGGCACUGCGGCAAGACGCUGCUGCGCCGGCAACGCAGGCUGCUUAGACGUAUCAAGAAGGUGUACCUACACAGUUGGCGGUCCAUGGACGACCUGAACAUGUUGGUGGGUGCCAAGGUCGGUGGCACGACGCCGCUGGUGAUCGCCUGCAGAAACGGCCACUACGACGUCGCAGAAUACCUCAUCGAGAGAUGCAAGGCUGAUAUCGAGCAGCCUGGCUCCGUGACGUUCGACGGCGAGACGAUAGAGGGCGCGCCGCCACUCUGGUGCGCUGCCGCAGCGGGCCACUUGCCGCUCGUGAGGUUGCUAGUUCGCGCAGGCGCGAAUGUCAACUCCACGACGCGCACGCACAGUACGCCGUUGCGCGCCGCCUGCUUCGACGGCCAUUAUGACAUUGUCAAGUUCCUAGUCGAGAGCGGUGCCGACAUAGAAAUUGCGAAUCGUCACGGACACACGUGUCUCAUGAUCGCGUGCUACAAGGGCCACAUAAAGAUAGCGAAGUACCUCCUGUCCCUCAACGCCGAUGUCAACAGGAAGAGCGUGAAAGGGAACACGGCGCUGCACGACUGUGCGGAGAGCGGGUCCCUGCAUAUUCUGAAACUGCUGUUGGGGUAUGGAGCGACGAUGGAUGUAGAUUCUUACGGUAUGACGCCCCUCCUAGCCGCGUCAGUGACUGGCCACACACAUAUCGUGGAGCAUUUAAUUAAUGUAGAAUACUGUUUCGUUACUAGACAGCAGCGUAUAGAUGCGCUGGAAUUGUUAGGCGCCACAUACGUAGACAAGAGGAGGGAUAUGGUGGGGGCGCUUGCCUUGUGGAAGAGAGCAAUGGAUGACAGAUUCCCGGCCGACGGAAGCGAGCCCAUCCCUAAACCUAAAGACGUUCCCCGCAUCGAGGCAUAUGAUUACGCGGUGGAGCCGAGCAAUGCUCAGCAGCUGGACGAGAUCUUAGCAGACCCUGACGCUAUGAGGAUGCAGGCUCUGGUCAUCAGGGAGAGGAUUUUAGGCCCCGCGCACCCCGACACGUCGUACUACGUGCGGUACCGCGGCGCCGUGUACGCGGACGCGGGCCGCUUCAGCCGCUGCCGGCAGCUGUGGCACCACGCGCUCGACAUGCAGCGCUGCGUGCUGCCGCCGCUGUCGCCGCUCACGCAGUCCAGCCUCUACAGCUUCGCGGAGCUGUUCUCCUACAUGCUGCUGGAGCGCGCGCGGCCUCCGCUCAGAGGUCGCAUAGUACCUCCAGUGACGAUCGACGACGUCGAGCCAGUUUUUGAAAAGGCGCUGUCAGAAAUCCACAGAGGAAUGGAAAUGCUAGAGUGCACGAAACAGAACAUCGACCGGGAACAAACACUGACGACACUACAGAGGGUGCUAGUGAUAUCGCUCCACCUGGCGACGGUCAUGGCGAAACUGUUAGCAGAGCCGGACUGUACUGAGGAAACUUCUAGAAGGAUCCACAAGCAAGUGUACGCGCUCGUCAAGUUAGAUAUUAAGGUGCGACAGGGUCGGUCGCUGCUGCACGUGGCGUGCGCGGGCGCGGUGGCGGGCGCGGGGGCGGGCGCGGGUGCGGGGGCGGGUGCGGGGGCGGGUGUGGGGGCGGGGGCGGGCGCGGGGGCGCGCGCGCCGGCCGCGGCGCUGGUGCGGCUCGUGCUGCGGCUGGGCGCGGCGCCGGACGCGCGCGACGCGGACGGCAACACGCCGCUGCAUCUGCUGGCGCAGCUGAACCCUUGUCCGCCUGAAGUGGUGCGCGAGUUGCUGGCGCACGGCGCCCACAUCGACACCGUGAACUACGAGGGCGAGACUCCAGCGGAGAUCCUGAAGGCCACGCAGCAGAACCUCUCGGCCAUGGUCAACCCCCUCCAGUACACCACCCUCAAAUGCCUCGCCGCCAGAACCGUGAAGAACUACAGGCUACCCUACAGACACGUGGUCCCGCAUUGCCUACAUUCGACCAUCAUCACGCAUUGAGUGAGCGCCAUCUUGUUUGUCUGUGACCCGAGUCGUGACGUGGAAUCAGUAUUUUAAAAUUAGAAUUCGAUCUGUGGGUACGGCCCCUGGAAUUAUAGAAACUGUCAACCAUGUUUGAUUUCGUCAAAUCGAGCGAUUUCAUUUUGCCGUGGAAUCUAUAUAAAUACCUUUGCGAAAUGCAAUUGUGGCUUGUAAUGUUUUGGAAUUGAUAUUUGUUACAGAUUCGAUGGAAGAUUUCGAUAUAUUUUGUUCAUAUGGUAGCAUUUUAAUUCGACGGGAAUCGAAGUGAUUUAUUGAUAAUUUUGAGGCUACUUACUUAUAUUGUGAUAACGUUUUGAAACGUUCGAUGCAAAUGAAAAAUUCCGGUUGUACGCGAUUAUGCUCGAAAAUAAUCAUACGCAUCGUACAAAAAGGAAAACCCAAUUUCAUUAAUCAUAUCUUCGUUGAUUUGUUCAUAUUAUAUAGCUUUGCAAUAAAGUUGGUUUAGAUUUUUAUUUAUUUCUAAAAUAUAUAUAAUAUGAUUUGUAAAUAUUCCUUUGUUAUAAUUCGAUCUGUUAAAUUAUGUUUUUGAUUAAAAUAUUUUCUAUUUUAUCAUUUUAUCAGAACAGUUUUCAUAUUUAUUAGUUUCUUUAUUUACUUAUUUAUAUAUAUGGCGUAGUGAGAUGUAGU